UUCGCGGGUGUUUGUUUCACGUUCAAAAUUCUGUUUAGCUGUUGUUUUUGUACAGUCUGGCUGUCAAACAACGAGCUGUAAACUUGAACAACAUCACGUUCUGAUCUAAUCAAACACCUGAAGCGAGAACGACCAAUCAAAUACAAGAACUCGUCACUAUGGAAACGCUGGACGCUAAAACAGGAAAGGGCAAAGCAGCGCUAAGGAACUCCAGGUGGUUUCAACACAUUAAUCAUCGUUUUGUUUCACUUCUGUACGUGAAUCAGAUCAGUUGUAGGAUGGCAGGUACAUCACGGCAUGACAGAGAGAUGGCAAUCAGUGCCAAGAAGCAGCUGGCAAAUAGUUCAGACCCCAUUGAGCGUCUGAGGCUACAGUGUUUGGCACGAGGGUCUGCAGGAAUCAAGGGACUGGGCAGGACUUUUAGGAUCAUGGAUGAUGAUAACAGUCGCACACUGGACAUGAAAGAGUUCCUGAAAGGCCUGAGUGAUUAUGGUGUGCUCAUUGAGAAAGAAGAGGCUAUGAACCUUUUUCAACAGUUUGACAGAGACGGCAGUGGAUUGAUUGAUUUUGAUGAGUUUCUUAUCACCGUGAGGCCACCCAUGUCUAAUGCCAGAAAAGAGGUGGUGCUACAGGCAUUCAAAAAGCUGGAUAAAACCGGAGAUGGUGUGAUUACAGUCGAGGAUCUGAAAGGAGUAUACAAUGUCCAACAUCACCCCAAAUACCGAAACGGCGAGUGGACCGAAGACCAAGUAUUCCGCAAAUUCCUGGACAGCUUCGAUUCUCCUGAUGACAAGGAUGGGAAGGUGACAAAAGAUGAAUUCUGGAACUAUUACAGUGGAGUCAGUGCUUCCAUUGACAACGAUGUAUAUUUUAUUUUAAUGAUGAAAACUGCAUGGAAGUUAUGAGGGUUUAUGCUUUUAAGCAAAUUGAUAAUGCUUGUGAAAUCAAAGCAAGUUUAGGGAUAUUAAUAAUGAAUCUGGAAAAUCAAAUCAUAGAUGUACUGUAGAAGCCUAAAUUGUGUGCUUUGUCAGUGGUAACUGAUUUUUAGGGUAAAUCGCUGCAUCGUAUUUGUGCUGAAACCAGUGUGGUUUACUGUAUGUGAUACAUGAAAGUCUUGUAAUUCAGAUUUAUUUAUGCAUGUUACGGCAGAUGCUAUUUUCCAAAAUGUGACUCCUUUAAGAAAUGUUUAAUAGUGG